AAUCAGAUGUCAAUGUCAAAGUCUACUGGCGACGUGUUGUGUUGGAAGUGUCUCGUUUUAAAAUACAUGAAUAAGAUUUAAGUUCGAUCAGAUUUAUAUAUUGCAGUUAGAUUAUUCGUGGCAAUGGUGGUCUUAGAAAGUGAGGGUGAUGAUAUAAAACAAUUAUCAACCGAAGAUGUCAAGCCUGAGUCAAAAGCAGUCAAAUUCUUAUCAUUAGAAAUAUUUCGAGUGACGAAGGAUGCCCAGCAACAGCAUGGCCUGCGUCACGGCGACUACCAACGGUACCGCGGAUAUUGUUCCCGGCGUCUUCGACGGAUGCGUAAAGUCUUGAAGAUUCCGCAGGGCGAUCGUCGCCACUACCGUCGUCGUGAUGUAACGGCGGCGCACCUGAACGCGUCGAGUGCGGAGAACCGGCUGCUGUGUGUGCCGCUGCUCCAGGCGGAGCGCGCUUGGGCUCACGCCAUGCAGUUACGACAGGAGGCUAACACCGAGCCCAGGAAGAAGUUUCAUCUUGUAUCACGAUUGAAGAAGGCGUCUGGUCAUGCUCAGACAUUGUUGCAACUGUGUGAGAGUGGCGCAUGCGACGCGCGCACGCAGCUGGAGGCGCGCGCGUACGCGGCGUGUAUACCAUUGAAGAACAAACUGGAAAUGCUCCAAAAGGACAUCGAGAGUUGCAUAUUUAUCGUACAUGCAGAUUCCGUGUUGGAAGACGAGGAGGACGACGAAGAAAAUAAAUAUACAAGUGGAAAACCUUACAAGGACAAGAAACCGCUGGCCGAUCGUCUGGACGAGUACAGAGAGGACACGCAGCUGUUGACUAAGAAUCCUAACGUUUUCAAGCUGCCGCCGGCGAUGGAGCCCAUUCCCUGCAAGCCGCUGUUCUUCGACCUGGCCUGCAACUUCAUAGAGUUCCCCAACUUGGAUGAUAAAACUGGCGCAGCUAACAGUAAGAAACAGGGCGCCGGCAUCACCGGACUUGUUAAAGGAUUCUUGGGUUGGGGAAGCGACAAAUAAAUUGUACAAUUUUUAUUAUCUUUCAAUAUAGUAAACAUAUCUAUAUAGAA